AUGUGGGAUACAACUCAUGUUCAAUUUCUUAUCAAUGAAAGGAAAAGAAGAAAUCAUGAAUAUCAUUCAAUGAGAAAAAAGCAGCCGUUUUGGGAUAAUGUUGCAGCAAAAUUGAAUCGCCAAUUUAAUACAGUAUAUACGGGAAAGCAGUGUUAUAAUAAGUUCUUACAAUUAAUUAGGGAUUUCAAUAAGGUGGUGCAAGUACACAUAAUGGGCGAAUCUAUUUUGAUGAAUUCAAGACACGUUUUUGGCUUC